UGUUUGCCCUGCUCUGGGUUUCUCCUCAGCCCCGUGUUAUGCAGUGCUUGUUUCCCAGAAGUAUUGGGGUCCCUUAGCCCCAGGACAGUAGGUUUGGGGGCCUUUAGUGUGCCUGUUCGUUGGACAACAUGAGCUCGGCGUCAGCUGAGUGGGAAAACCCAGUGGUGCUGUGACACAUAUCGUGUGUUUUCUUCCUAAACAUGCACCUCUCGCUCCCUGUGGAGUCCUUGCAUAGGGGCUUAGAUGGUCUGGCUGCUGGUGGUGGUGGGAUGCUGGACCCCUCUGGCUUUGCCUACAGCCAGUGUGAAUCUUCAUUGAUGCUCAAACUUCCACCGCUACAUUAUUGAAGUGUGGUGUCAUGGCCCAGGAUUUGAAGAUCAGUAAGGCUUGUGAGAAUGACAGAAAGCACGCAAAAUUGAAUCCUGCAUCCCUUGGUUUGCAAUGGACAUGAAGGUUUCAUUGUUUAAAAGACUACGGGUGGGUAAUCGUAAAAGGAGCUCUCCUCACAAAUCUGGCCAUGUGAGCUGUAUAGUACUAAUUCCUGUAAGCACAUGCGAACUGCUGAAGUGUGGAAAGACUGAGGAAGAAAGAUGACAGUGCGUUUUUUUCCCCCAUCUUGCGAAAUGGGGAUUUUACAGAAGGCAGGAUUCACACAGGGUGCUGCCUCUGGACGUCACAUCCCUCAGCCAGCUGGGAGCCGCCACGGACACUUGGAAGAAAGAGUGGUUUUUGCAGCAGGGCCCUGGAGAAACUAGCCUGAACUGCCAUGCAAACGGUGUUUGCACGCUCCAGAAGGAAGACUUCAGACUGUGAUAAGGGACAGUACCUUAGCAGGCAAUGAGGGAGCAGGGUGCCCAUCCUGAGAGAGAAACAGGCUCAUGGAGCCCAUCUGGAGAGAGACAGCAGGAAGAUCCAUCCUUGGAGAGACACUUCAAAGGCCACAGAGAUGCCAUCACUAGCGUGGACUUCAGUCUCAAUAAAAAGCAAUUGGCAAGUGGCUCGAUGGAUUCGUGCUUGAUGAUCUGGAGUAUGAGACCUCAGACCAGAGCCUAUCGCUUUGUGGGCCACAAAGAUGCAGUGAUGUGUGUGCAGUUUUCACCUUCUGGUCACCUAGUGGCUUCAGGCUCUAGAGACAAAACAGUCCGUUUGUGGAUUCCUAGUGUCAAAGGAGAAUCUACUGUGUUCAAGGCUCAUACAGCAACUGUAAGAAGUGUUCAUUUCUCCAACGAUGGCCAGUCCUUAGUUACAGCUUCUGAUGACAAAACAGUCAAAGUGUGGACAGUUCACAGACAGAAGUUUCUGUUCUCACUUAGUCAACACAUAAACUGGGUUCGCUGUGCCAGGUUCUCUCCUGACGGGCGAUUAAUAGUGUCAGCCAGCGAUGAUAAAACUGUCAAACUGUGGGAUAAAACCAGCAGAGAAUGUAUACACUCCUUCUGUGAGAAUGGGGGGUUUGUGAAUCAUGUGGAAUUUCAUCCCAGUGGUACCUGCAUUGCUGCAGCUGGUGCAGACAACACAGUGAAAGUGUGGGACGUUAGGAUGAAUAGACUCCUUCAACAUUAUCAAGUGCACAGUGCUGUGGUAAACAGUCUUUCCUUUCACCCUUCUGGAAACUAUCUGGUUACUGCUUCCAAUGAUUCAACUCUUAAAAUUCUGGACUUGCUAGAAGGAAGACUUCUGUAUACUCUUCAUGGUCACCAGGGGCCAGCCACCUGUGUAGCCUUUUCAAGAACUGGAGACUUAUUUGCGUCUGGAGGUUCUGAUGAACAGGUGAUGGUGUGGAAGACUAACUUUGAUGCAGCAGAUUAUGGUGAUGUACUGAAAACACAGAAGUCUGGCAUUAGCAUGGAUGGAACCCACCACACUCUGCAAUCAGAAAUGGAUUGUGGUUUUCAUCUUAAGAAAACAAAAACUCGGGAUCCUGGUAGGAGCCACGAGCAGCAAGAGGAGGAGAUCAGUCUUGCAAAUACCUUGGAGCACAUUAUGGGACAGCUGGAUGUUCUGACUCAGACCGUUUCUAUCCUGGAGCAGAGACUGACACUCACUGAAGACAAGCUGAAGGAAUGUCUUGAGAAUCAGCAGAAAAUCAUUCAGAACAAAACAAGCUGAUUUGCUGAGAGAAGACAGGAGCUGAAGGCGUUGGGAGGUUUGAGGUUGUUUGUGUUCCUAACAGACUGUUUGUGGCUUGUUUUAAUGAUUUUUAGCACAUUCUAUUUUUCAAUUGUAAUGUACAGUUAUUGUGUCUGUAAAUAAGCUUUGUUACUUUACUAAAAUAAAAGUAAUAUUUUAUUCAUAAGCGUGGAUAA